CCUCUUUGUGUAUCUGCAACAUGGACGCUUUUCAGGGCAUUUUAAAAUUCUUUCUUAACCAAAAAUCUGUUAUAGGCUACAGCUUCUUGGCUCUACUGACUGUGGGAAGUGAGCGUCUCUUUUCAUUUGUGGCUUUUAAGUGUCCCUGCAGCACUGAGAAUAUGGUCUAUGGGAUGGUUUUCGUUUUUGCUCCUGCCUGGGUGUUAUUAAUCCUGGCAUUCUUUCUGAACAACAGGUCAUGGAGACUCUUCACAGGCUGCUGUGUGAAUCCCAGGAAGAUCUUCCCUAGAGGCCACAGCUGCCGCUUCUUCUAUGUCCUCGGCCAGAUCACUCUGAAUUCAUUGCUGGCUCCAGUGAUGUGGCUUUCUGUGGUUUUGCUCAACGGAACUUUUUAUGAAUGUGCCAUGAGUGGGACGAAUAGUUCAAGACUCCUGGGACUGAUUUGUAACGGCAAGCCCAAAGAGUGUCAGGAAGAGCUUUUCAAAGUACCUUGUGGCAAAACUAGCAUGCAACCCAAAGACAACGAAGAAAUAAAACUCUCCCUUCAAGCCCAGUCUCAGAUCCUGGGAUGGUGCCUGAUCUGUUCAGCAUCUUUCUUCUCUCUGCUUACCAUUUGCUGUGCUCGCUGCAGAUCUAAAGUUAGCUACCUUCAGCUGAAUUUUUGGAAGACGUAUGCACAAAAGGAGAAGGAGCAGCUGGAAAAUAUGUUUCUGGAGUAUGCUAACAAGCUGAGUGAGAGGAACCUGAAAAGCUUUUUUGAAAGCAAGAGGCCAGAUGCCUUUCCCAUGCCUACUUUUGCUGCCUGGGAGGCUGCUUCAGAGCUACAUUCUUUCCAGCAGAGAUGGCAGCACUACAGCACCCUCCACAGGGUAGUGGAGGAUGGCCUGGAACUUAGCCCUGAGGAAGAAGAGACGACAAUGGUCCUUGUGGGUACCGCCCACAAUGCGUAGCUCAUGUGCCAUCAGUGACUCACGUGUCGAGCGGUGCGCUCAUUCUGAGAUCCUCCCACUAUAUCAACAGCGACCUGUGCAUCUCUGUGUUUUCUCACUUUAGAGUUUCCUUACAUGACAAUAACACAAAGGGAAACUGCUUUGGAGCCUUCACAUGCAGACAGUGUCAAGAUGUGCUCAGAUUGAUUCUGAGUGGUGACAACUGUGUCCUCGCACUGGUGAAGGCUGGGCUCAGUAGGCCAAAACGCCACUCCAAGUUCUACGAUUUUAUGAUUCAACAGAGGGAUUCAAGCAAGAGGGUCUGCUGCUAUCUGUAAACAUCAGUCAUGGUGUCUGGGAGCAGAAGCAGUGGCUUGUGAGUGAGCAAGGUACUCUUAACAGAAACUGCUGUACAUAGUGGCAUAUGUGUUGCGGUCAGCAGGAAUCCUUGUCCUGUAAAUCUAACCUACUGCCUUUCAAGGAUGCAUGAAAUUCUACCAUUUGAAAUGUAUUUCCUUGGAAUCUGAAGACUUCAGUCCUCAAAAUCAACCAAUUGAAAGAAUAUGGUGCCUAAAAUUUGGUUUUUCAAACAUUUUCACUGUACAGUGGAAGUAUGCCCCCGGAGACAAGGGGCAUCAUGACUUCUGUGGGCCCUAGCAUUUUUGCCUUCAUGGACCACUUUCUACAUUCAAAAUGGUGGUGAUAUAUAUAUACAGAUAUAUAUUUACAUAUACAUGUAUUUAUGAUUGCUUUGAUAUAAACAUAAAUAUAUUAAUAUUAUAUAUUAAAGCACUUUCUUCAACCCUAAAA